AUGAACGCAAGAAGUUUCGAUGUGGAGCUGAAGUUACGCGAGGAGGAGGUCGUAGAGGUUACGAGCGGCCUACUGCACACUAUUCUCUUCCUGAGAUCAUCAGCUGCCGGUGAAAGUGGCAGCACAGUGUUCACCCGUGGAACGCCCCCCGUGACAAAGUUCUCGUACGUUGACUGCAGAACCAUUGACUUCACUCACGUACAAGUGGAGAGCCCCGAUCUCAAGAACCGCAUACAUCGUGAAGCAACCUUGUUCUUCACUCAGCUAAAACGCGGCCAACGCGGACGCGGGUCCAUUACGCUGGAGUUCUAUGAGAGAUCAGAGGGGCUGCUCUCGACUUCUUGCGAAACAUGGGAGAUGUGGAGGAUAGGAGUCACUCUCACGACGUGCGGAAGUCUUUUCGAAAAAAGACGGCACUCCCAAAAGGCCUGCGCGGAAAUUGCCGACUUUGUGAGCUUGAUAACGACCGCGGUAAACUUCGACACCCAUCUGCCUCUGGCAUACACGCCGGAACACGUCGGACGGAUCUACGACACAUCGUUGCGCGGAGUUCAGCCCUAUUUGUUCAAGAUCACUCACAGAAUCGACUGUUUCAGACACUACAACCCUUCCGUUUUGACGGACUUGUGCAAAUGGAUCGGAAAGGGCGCGUUUCUAGACUGA